GCAGGAGCCUAAGCAGCUUUUACAACUUUUUUUUGCAUGCAUUCAGAUUGAGCUAUAUAUGUUUUGGAGAAGCGCAUUUUACUAUUUGACUGGCGGCCAUUAUGCCUGUUGCCCUUUUGACUUUCAAGUUUUCGUUUUGUGAUAUAAGUAAUUAAAACCUUGAGCACGCAUCUGCUAAAAACUUUACCUUGACUCCGGAGGUACCAAUACUUUUUGGUCAAACAUAACAUGGGAGACGUCCAUCAGAUUCAGAAACCUCAACGACUGAGGGUUCAGACGAGCGGAAGUAGACACUACGCGCACUAUGCAGCCAGGCAGGCCUCGAGACAAAGACUCUUCGGACUCGCAACCCUCUGUUCCUCGACCUGCAGUGUCGUGUUUGGCCUUGGCGCGCUGUCACCAACGCCUGCGAGUGAGGAGCCGGAUGACGUCGAUUUCCAGACCGCGGCGUCAUCCGCUUCAGCUGAUAGCUACGCAGUAUCGUUUGCCGGAGAAGACGAGCGAUUCACACCGGUGAUUCACCAGCGUGGCGUAGACCUUCCACCCACCUGCGGGUCGUCGUCUGGCCGCGACUCUUGCCCAGGAGACCAGCAUCAACAUCAGGAAGCACGACGCUUGCCCGACAACAUCAACCAGCACCACCAGCCGAAUGACGAGGCAGACGCUGCAGCGGGACACGGUAAUGUCGUGCGGCACCUCCGCGUCCCCAUUUCUGGUUCGGCGCCCUCUCCUCCUCGUCCCCGCGACUCUCCUAGGCACUCCAUCUCCAAUCCUCGUGACCCUUAUGCAGGAGCGCCACUACUUCUACAUCAGCGUCGACCUGCCGGCGUCGCACAGCUUCAGGACGACGAGGCGGAAGUCGCUGCGGGAGCACAGUCAAACGGCGAUACUGCAGCUGCAAGUCCAGUGCACGCGCAGACAUCGAUGACAUCUUCUGCAAUAGAUGCCGUGACAAGGUCUCGGUUAAGCAGCGCGCGUGAGGACGCCGCUGCUCCUGCUUCACGACCGGGCUCACAUCUGCAGGGUGCCACAAUGCCAGGUGCUGCUGAUGGUUCGACGGCAGCUACGUCACCUUCUACCGUGACUGCCGCAGCGGCAGCAGGAGGAGCCGAUAUUAUUGGUAGCGCACAUCCACAUCCAGAUCGUCGUGAACAACCUCAACCACGGCCUGCACAAGAACUCUACUACACCAACUUACCAACAACUCCAGGCCCCCGGUUGGUGCACAAAAACACUUUCCUUGAACUCGUGGACCUGCCAGCAGAGGACGGCGAGGAAGACCAGAACGGAGAGCCGCGCGCUGGCGGCGUGGGGUUCCCGUCCCCAGUGGAAAAAACAUCAGGCAGUACGAUGACCUCCUGCACGCAGACGCCGGCGAGCUUCGGUCGUUUCCCUUCCUCGGCCUGCUCCGGCGGAUCGAGCCGCAGCAGAGCCUUGAGCACGCCCCCCGGUUUUUUUGCAGAAUUUCUACGACUGGGAAAAGCGCGCGAGAGGCUGAGCAUCACUGAGGCAGACGGCGCGGGUCGUGGUAGCAGAAAUUACGUAGUUGGCGCGACUACACCCAUCGACGCUGCUUCGGAACAACAAGCCUUUGAGACCGACGAAGAAAGACAGCUCUAUUAUUCACACAACGCACGCCGUGACGGACACGACGAAAACGCGACUGCGCAAGUAGCGGAUCUUUUUCCUCCAAAUGGCGCUGAGUACAGACCCAUUUCCUCUAGCGAUUUCCUUCCGCGGUACAGACGAAGCAGCGCCGAGCUUGGGCUUACAGGCUUUCGCACUAAUCGCCGCGUUCAGGACGGUCGAGAAGAUGAUUUGCCCGAUGCCGCCGGUGGAACGAGUCGCAAUUACAACUCUUCCGUCCAAGAUACAGCGAGUUUUUUCCACGGCUCACCUUCUUCCGCUGCCGGGGAACUGCAGGCGGCGCCGUCUUCUAGCGGGAAUAAUUACACCGCAAUGGAGGACAGAGCAGAUGAGGGUGCGCGGAUGUUGUGGCACGAUUCGCCGCUCAACGGGCCGAGUAGCACGGAGGCGCCCUCGCCGGACGACGUCGGCUUGAUGGACAUCGACUUGUCCGGCGCGAAUAGCACCGGCGGAGACCGAUACACAGAGGAGCUUCAACCCGGGCAAGGCGCUCUUCUAUCCCAUGAAGACGAGACUGAUGUUGAUGCAGCGCACAUAUGGGGCGACGGCUUUGCGACGCCCGAGCCUCAGUCACCCACAGCCGGUGGUUCCUACGCCCCAUCAUUUGGACAUGCGAUGCUGCACCAAAUUCCCUACGUCCUCGUCCCGUCGGGAGGUGCAAGCAAUCCUGUGGAAGAACAUCACAUGAACCAGGGUGACACUGUUCAGCAGCACAAUCUCUUGCUCUUGGCGGGGCCAAGGGCGACAGAAUCUUCUGAAAAUCCACCUCGUGAUGGUCCACCUGGAGUACAGCAAUCUACGCCACGUACGCCAUCCAAUCGCGACGAGCAGGACGAUCUUCACUUACUACCAAUCGCGCCUCGACUCCAUGAUGUCCAUCAAGAGGCAAUUGCAAGCGUCGAAGCCGGCGCAGACAAGAUAUCGUCGGCGCGACCCAGCUCCAACGCGACUCUAUCCUCGUCUCACCGCGAGCUCAACGCGAGCGCGAAAACUUUUGAUCCUACUGCCGUCGCACAUGACAUCGUUAUGUGUGCAAACGUCGCCGCCGCAGACGGUGCGAGAUAUUUCCAAAAGCAUCUUGCCGAUUUUCAAAGGGCUCGAGAAGAACAGGAAGAAGCUCGCCUCUCUCCUGAGACUGUAGAGACCUCAAAGGCACAGCAAGUUGAGCGCUCUAGUAGUGCGUCGGAGCCUCCCCCUUCUAUGCCUGCUCCUGCAUUGCAGCCGGAGUCCGCCGCCUCGGAUCAUCUGGACUUGGUCACCGGCAUGUUGCAGGAGCAAGCAGAGUUCCAGGACGCGCACCCUGCAGCAGCGCAGAGCGCCGCGACGCAGUUGUACCAGGAAGCGUACGCGCAGAUGGAGCAGCAGCGGCAGCUCGCUUGGCAGCAGCACUACUGGCACAUGGUGCAGGUGUACCCCAUGCACGAAGGUGAGUCCGUGGAGAAAUACCAACAACGAUUGGUGCACAUCGUCGAGAUGCUCCAGAAAUACCACCUGCAAACCUGUCUCUACCAGCAACUCAUCUACCAGCAGGUCCUCUUACAGAAAAACGACGGGCAUCAGAGAGAAAAUGGAGCUGGAUCUUCUGCAAGCUCGGGCUUGCCAGGUUCCUCUACCGAUUCACAUUUUCCCUAUCCGCAUCACCAGCAGACGGGGAAAAAUGCUACUACUUCGAGUUCUUGGAGCUCCUCGUCGCAGGCAUCAAAAAUGAUCCCGGAAAGGAUGCGGCAGAAUCAGACGGCACUGAGCAAUCUGCAACAGCAAAUUCAGAAGCUCGAAGACGAGAUAAAGAGUGCGAUAGGGUAUUCCUCUUCCCCUCAGCGUCAAGAAGAGGAGGCAACAGCUCGACGAAACGUGGUUGAAUCAGCCAAACCGGUUGGCCACGUUCGGACCCGAAAGGCAGAAAUAAGGGAGCGCCAAGCUGAAGAGACGUGGCCAACAGAUGUCACGGCACUCGAACAAGACGCCGCAGGCCACCAGAGCGUAAAGAAGCAAAAAGAAAGAUUGCGACGCGGGAAAAAGAAUGACCAGAAUGUGAAUGAAGGGCCAGGACAGGAAAAAGUACAUGAAGAUCUGGAGGUGUUGCACUUGGAUAAUUUGCAAAAAGAAAACGGCGACGAAAAAGUCAAUGUCGCUACUCCAAUGCUGGAGUUGGCAUCUCCAAAUGCGAAAAGCAAAGGUAACAUCAAGGGAACGAACAAGAAAGCUGGGCCGACAUGGGUCCCAAAGAAAGUUCCAACUGCUCUUCCAGAAGGCAGUGACAGUAGCGCUUCUGUAGUUCCUGCUCCGAUCGAAACUGCAACACCGGGCGACACCCAUGUAGCUGCAUUCGUUCAAUCACCAGCAUCAGUUCCGCCAAGUACUGCCUCGUCGCGGGCACGGAAACUUGGCAAAGACGCUUGGUUCAAUCUUUCCAACGAAGCGGAAGACGAGGACGACAUUGACACCCAAAUUUUCAAGACGAACCCGCAGAUUAUGCCUUGGACGGAAAAAGAGACACCUUCCCCGAAUCUUUCAAACGAGGCAGAAUUGGAAGGCUUAUAUGACCCCCAAAGUGCUGAGACGGACCUGCUGGAGAGAAGAGCGGAAAUGCAAAACGCCGAGACCGAACGAUUGGAACAGCAAAUGCGAGAGCAGCAGCAGCAGUCCCUGCUGCGCCGGAAACAAGAAAAAGCAGCCCCGCCUGUAGAAGGUGGUGGAGGCACGGCUCCACCUCCUGUGCAAGAUCUCUAUGGACAACAGACGCAGGGAAUGUUGGCGAUGCAGCAGAUGAGGCAUUCUCAAGACCUUUCGUCCUAUUCGUCCAUGCACUUUCAUCAUCUUGUACCAUACCAACAGGAACAGCUGCACGACCAGUACGGCAUGCAGUUGCAGAUGCAGGGCGGUGCCGCGGCGCAACUUGUGCAGCAAGCGCCUCCUGGUGUGCAUCUUCCGUACCAGUGCAACUUUCUUCAGAUUGACCAGUACAACCACCGAGGUCAACUCACACCGGAAGCAGACCGGAUAUUGUUCGCCACUGCGGGAUACCUAGCGAAUCCCGCGGAAGGGGCGACCACCAUCUUUAUACCGGCGCUGCCUGCGCACUUCAAUCAGGAGGUACCUAUAAGCAUUUUUGGAAAUUUGAACGUUCGUUGCAAGCCGAACUAAUAAAAGUAAAAGAGAUGCAUCGACUUCGGGGUUGCUCUAUUCAACAUUGACUCAAUGCCAUUUUUUCCAUCGAAUCAACAUAGCGACUCCGAUCGGCUUCGAUGUUGAUUUCGAUUAGAUUCACAAGCACAAUGCAGUUGGGCAUGAUUUUCUUCUUUUAUUCUUUUUCCUCUUUCUCACUUCUACAGAAUCUCGCUGAUUUCCUUCGUACGGUGAUUCCAGAAGCGCGGUUCAACAUGAUUUACAUGCCGUUUCGCAUGAAGGACUUUGAGUACAUGUGUACCCAGCCGCCGUGGUCCGAUGAGGGAGAUGACUGGGCACCGUACUACACCGAACAAGCGAGACGGCGCAAGGGCGAUCCGAGAAACGGUUGGAGCUGGACCAGAUGCGCGUCGCACCCUUCCGAGGAGGACCUGUUUCCCUGGUACGCCGACGAUUUCAAAGUACGGCGCGCGCGCCGGUGGCACAGCGGGUAUGCGUUUGUGAACUUUGUCUCCCACAGCGAUUUUCUGCGGGCGAUGAACCAUCUGAGCCAAAAUUGGAGCAGCUUGGGGGUCUAUCAAGACAACUACGUCGACAAGAAAGCCGAGAGAGAGAAACUCGAAGCUACCGCUAUGGGCAGACCGGUGCUUGUCGACCCACGUCGUAAGCCGCGCCAAGCGGCCGAUCAGGUAAGAAUCUUAGUUUACAACUUACUAGUCGUGUGGAAGCGUGGGCCCUUCUUCUCGUGGGCUUCUAGGAAUUUUGAUUUGGUUGUGAUGCAGUACAGGUUUCAGCCAAACGCUUGGCACACAAACUCAAAGUGCCUUAUUUUUGAACAGGGGUAACUAAAAGAGCAUCCGUGUAGUUCUUGUGAUCAAAGUAUUUCUGUCAUGCUCAUGCCAUCCCAUCACAAUAAUCUGUCUCACAUCAGGGCAUCUCCAUGUACCUUUUGAAAGACAAAAACGCGCUCCGAUCACCGAUGAUGCGGAUGACAAAGUCCGUUGCGCCGAAGUUUUUCCGGUUUUGGGGCCAGCCUCAGUUCUACGACUCGCCUGCCGUGGACGCGCAGGCAGUGCCACGCGAACAGAUAAAGGCCUAUUGGGACAAGCUAUGCGCCUUUCACAGAGCAUCGUCGAAAGCCCCGCUGUCGCUGCCGGCGGCGCUCGGGGCAGAUGGAGGACCCACCAUUACAUAUGCACCGACUCUUGCAGCGUCGUCUUCAACUUCCGCUCCUGCCGCAGGGCAACAAAGUGGAGGACGUGGAAGAAACCACCGGGCUUCGCGCUCCGGUCGAGGCCGCGACUAUCAUCACAGGUCGCAGUUAGUAGAAGAAAAUGGUCUAGCGGAAGAUUACUAUCUUCAGCAAAAAUUCCAGUAGGUAGAAGAUGAGCGAAGGACCUCGACGCCACGCAAAAAUUUUGACUAGUAGAACGCAGCAACCGUUUUGUUUUCGGGAGCGAUUCCUAGUCAAAUUUUUACGUCUCUGCUGGAAAAUAGACCGGAAUACACGCUGAUUAAUGGAUGUUCGCCUUUUCCGAUAGGAUAAAACAACAGAAGCGCCAUCAUUCACAAUUUAACAUGAAAAACGAAAAUGUCGGGCACAUGCUAAGAAUAAAAUAGAGAAUAUGAAACAAAAUCACACAUGAGAAAUAGACAACAAGAACAGGCAGCGAAUAUUUAUUUUGAGAAUACAAAGAGAAAAACUCAAAUUCUUUUCACCAUGCAUGAAAAGUUGAUGUAAAUUAGAUGAAAUAUUAGGUUGAAAGAUAAAAAUGCAAUAGUUUGGAAGGAUUGCAUCAUAAUGGCCGGCAAGCAUUGAUUCUAUGCUGACAUACACGAUAAACCGUACUGCGAAUAGGACUGACAGAUGUUGACAACAGAAAGAACAUGACGAUUACAGAAGAUCGCAUGAGAUUGCAAAACGAAACAAACCUUACACAUAUCGGUAUUUUGGAAGAGAAAAUGAACCAGAAGGAGAAGCAGCGCAAGCACUCAUGAUCAUCCACAUCCUGUUUACAACAAGACCUUUGGCUUUGAAAUUGAAGCAAUACAAUUUUUCGAAUCGAAGAUAAACGAAUCACAUGAGAUUGAGGCAUGCCACAU